AUGGGUUCUUUCUCACGCACACAAUCUCCAGUCCUGGUCAUGCCGCCAAGCACUGCCCAUCAAGCUGCGUUUGGUAUGCCUGUGUUCUCUCAUCAGCCCUCUCCCUUGAGCCGUCCAGGACCAUACACACCCUCUGCUGCCCGUUUCCAGCAACAACAACAGCAGCAGCCCAUCUUUGCCCCAUCGUCUCUCUCUAAAGGCCGUAAGCGCUCUCGCGACGAAGCCGCCAUCAAUCUUGACGUCGAAGAGGCGAAGCUCGAGACCAUCGAGCCAGUCAAAGAGGCAGAAGAUGAAUGGGUAUAUGGUCCUGGCAUGGUCCUCAUCAAGAAGUCACAAGCCUAUGUCUCAGAAGCCGGCAGCCAAUCCGGAACCUGGGUCGAGGAGAAGAUUGCCCAAGAAGAGCUCCACAAGAACGAGGAGGCGCGCGCUUUCAACCAACAGGAGCGCCCUUCUCUCCGGAGCGCCAAGUCUCAACGGCUCGAUAUGAACUCCUUCUCACUGCCUUCUGCCCACCAGUCAAGUCCCGCGCGCGACACCAACGAUGCGGUGACAGCGACUCCAAGCCUUCCAAACACGACAUCGCAGCCCGUAAUCGACAACUUCACCCUCCAUCUCGGCAUUGGCUGGAGUCGCGUCAACAGCAACGAGCACAGUGAAGCUGCUGCACGAGGCUGGGCACGCUAUAUCGAGAACCACUUCCCCAUCAACAAUGUACAAAUACAACUCGAGAGCAAGGGCCUGCAAUCCUAUCUCGUUGAGGCAUCAGAAGGCUUCUUCCUGUUCGCCGAGGAUCUACAACGCGGCCAGUUUGUCAGCAGGGAUCUCAAUCAGACAUUCCAAAACCUGAGAGCCUCACCCCCGGUCUUCGAGGGUCUCGAGGUCAUGACUGCUGCAGGCACACCGCAGCCUACUUCAUCGCAAGAUAUCGAUAUGGCAAUGGCUUGA